AUGUUCCGUAAGAGCUAUUCUCUUGCUCGAGCAAUUGGCUGUUGUAGCUGUUUUGGGUUCAUAAGGAGAACCAAGCGAAAACCGAGGCAUGUUCCUGUGAGCAAUCCCAACCUAUCUCAGGAAUUUUUGUUAGAUGAAGAGAUUGAUGACGAGGACAAUGGCUCAUACAAUGGCGAAAUUACAGGCUCUGUAUAUGGAGAUGAUGGAAUGGUGCCAUGCUGUACCAAUCGGUCUGAAGAUAUACUAAAAUUUAAAGAACUAAACGGAAUGGUUUGCAGGCAAUUUCCUGUCAAGGAGACACGGACACUAGUUCGUUCAGAGGAUGAAAAUGGAAAUAAAAUGAUCAAUGAGUAUGUUCGUGAAUGCAAAAUUGGUGCUGGUAGCUAUGGUAAAGUGGUUUUGUACCGAAGCAGUAUAGAUGGAAAGAACUAUGCAAUAAAGUCCUUCCACAAGUCUCAUCUUUUGAAGCUGCGAGUUGCACCCUCUGAGACAGCAAUGUCUGAUGUUCUUCGAGAGGUUCUGAUCAUGAAGCUGUUGGAACAUCCCAAUAUAGUCAAUCUCAUUGAGGUGAUUGAUGACCCAAACACAGAUCACUUCUACAUGGUUCUUGAAUAUGUUGAUGGGAAGUGGGUCUGGGAAGGCUGUGGCCCUCCUGGCGGCAUCGGUGAACAUACUACUAGGAAAUAUUUGCGAAAUAUUGUUUAUGGACUUAUGUAUCUCCACGCCCAUAAUAUAGUACAUGGUGAUAUCAAACCAGAUAACUUAUUGGUUACCAGCACUGGAGUAGUUAAAAUUGGAGAUUUUAGUGUGAGCCAAGUAUUUGAGGAUGAUAAUGAUGAACUCCGCAGGUCUCCUGGGACCCCGGUGUUCACUGCACCGGAAUGCUGUCUAGGUUUAACAUACCAUGGCAAAUUGGCAGACACUUGGGCAGUUGGAGUAACGUUAUACUGCAUGAUACUGGGACAGUACCCUUUUCUUGGAGAAACACUGCAGGACACAUAUGACAAGAUCGUCCAUAACCCCUUAGUGCUGCCGAAUAGAAUGAAUCCUCAGCUAAAGGACUUACUCGAAGGGCUUCUUUGUAAAGACCCCAAACAAAGGCUGACUUUGGACGCUGUAUCGAACCAUCCUUGGGUUGUCGGAGAAGACGGUCCUAUCCCCGACUACUCGUGUUGGUGCAAACGUGUUAGGGCGGAGCGAGAAGAAUGUUCUGACGGGAGCAGCAGCAGAGACAACAACAGCAUCAGCGACGAAUUUGCAGAGAAUGAAGCCAACAACAACACAAACUCACAUGACCUCCUUCACUGA